AUGGUCGUAUUUUCACUUUAUAAAUGUCUGUCUGUUUUUAGUCUCCUGAGUAGUCUCUGUACAGCCCAGGAAGUACAGGCAACUCAGAAUCUCGAGCGCAGGGCAACAGAAUGCAUCAUUGCGGCCAGAGGGGAUGGGGGUGACGAUGCGCCAGCCAUCAGAACCGCAUUCUCUAAAUGCAAAAGCAACGGUCACAUCAUCUUUGCCAAUGCGACAUACUACAUUAACACAGUUCUGGACACAAGGGGCCUGUCUGAUGUGACGAUUGACAUUUGGGGAAAGCUUGUCUGGAGCAAGAACACUACGUAUUGGCUCGCAAACUCCAUGGACGUAGGAUAUCAAAACAUGAGUACCGUUUGGUUUUUGGGCGGCAAAAACCUCAACGUCCAGGGCCAUGGAACGGGAACGUUCGAUGGCAAUGGUCAGACGUGGUAUGACCUAGUCAAGGGAGAGUCCAAUUAUCCUCACCGCCCGAUGGGCCUCACAAUCUGGCAAGCGGAAUCUUCCCGUUUCAGUGGGCUGAGCUUCGUCCAAUCACAGAUGUGGUGGAGAACAUAUCUGUUCGUUCAACUUCGAGCAACAGCAACGCAGCUCGAAACACGGACGGAAUUGACUGAGUUCUUGGACAACAUCACUCUCCGUGGUUGGUAUAUUUACAACUCCGACGACAGCGUCUCCCUGAAAGCGAAUGCGACCAAUGUCCUCAUCGAGGACAGCGUCUUUGAGAAUGGGCUAGGGUUCGCUCUCGGAUCCAUUGGUCAGUACGAUGGAAAGUACGAAAGCAUCUACAAUGUGUACUUGCGCAAUAUUACGUGUCUCAAGACUCGCUAUGGUGCGUAUAUCAAAACGUGGACCGGAGAACCGGUUGGAGUCCCGCCUAAUGGUGGCGGCGGUGGGCUCGGCUGUAAGUCUUGCAACGCCAUUCCACACAAUAUAUAUCACUGA